AUGGGUUCUUCUAGUGAAACCGGAGGGGCAUGGAGCGUCAUGGAAGAUGUUAGCUUGUGUGAGUCUUGGCUCCACAUUAGUCAUUGUCCCGUAACAGGCAAUGAGAUGAAAUUCUGUCAUAUGUGGAAAAAAAUUCAUCAGGAUUUUUGUGAAAGGGUAAUUGGUUCGACCCGUACAGAUCAGGCACUAUCUAGUAGGUGGAAAAUUGUUAACAAAGAGUUGGCGAAAUGGUGGGUUGCCUUGGCAAAGGCGAUGGACAACCAUAGAAGCGAGGAAAACCUUACCAGUGAGACUAUACAAGCACAAAUGUUUUUUGGUGCUACUGGGCAAGGAAAAAAAAGUUUCAACCAUACCCAUUGUUGGAAGGUGGUGAAGAAUUGUAAGAAAUUCCAAAUUAUUCCAACGGGUCCGACGGUAGUCUUGAACGAGACGCCACUCCAUAAGACACCGGCAUCGGAUUCACCUAUGGAUUCCUCGAUGAGUCAAGACUCACCUAUCGAAAAGGAGCCGAGGCCUAUUGGGAGGAAAGCGGCGAAGGCGAAGAAAGGGAGUCAUUCUACCAAGUCAUCAUCUAAAUUUUUGGAGGAACUUUCAAAGAUGCAAGCCAUGAGAAUUGAAAUGGACAUGAAACAACAAGAGCACGAUAGGGCAAUUGAUGUAGAAAAUGCAAAAGAUCUAGUUCUCUCUGCACCCUUUUGCUUGCAGCUCUUCUGCGCAUUCUUGCUCGCCUUUCUCGCUCUUGCCUAUCCAAAACAUCUUCCAUGUCUGACAUUGAGAAUGGAGAAUGAAAUCUAA